AGUUCCCCAGCCAAUGACUAGCACGAGUCUGGUCAGCCUCAGGUGACCUCGGCGAGGCAGGCCGCCGGCCCGAUGUGGGGCGGAAGGACCGGGGCCAUCCUCCGGGCGUCGGGGUGGUGGCCGACAGGGGUGUUCGGGAGAAGACUGCUAAACUGCAAUGCUGCUUCGCUGGCAGGAAGCAGCUCCCCACGAUGUUGGAACUGCGGCGGCCUAGGGGGCCCACCGCGGGGGGACCGGUUCUUCUGCCCUCAGUGCCGGGCGCUGCAGCCACCUGACCCGACUCGAGACUACUUCAGCCUCAUGGACUGCAACCGCUCCUUCAGAGUUGACACUGUGAAGCUCCAACAUAGAUACCAGCAACUACAGCGCCUUGUCCACCCAGAUUUCUUCAGCCAGAGGUCUCAGAAUGAAAAGGACUUCUCAGAGAAGCAUUCGACCCUUGUCAAUGAGGCCUAUAAGACCCUUCUGGCCCCCCUGAGUAGGGGACUAUACCUUCUAAAGCUCCAUGGAGUAGAGAUUCCCGAAGGGACAGACUAUGAGAUGGAUAGUCAAUUCCUCAUGGAAAUAAUGGAAAUCAAUGAAAAACUUGCAGAAGCUCAAGGUGAAACUGCCAUGAAAGAGAUUGAAUCUAUUGUCAGAGCCCACCAGGCUCCUCCGUCCAUGGGAUUUUCCAGGCAAGAAUACCAGAGUGGGUUGCCAUUUCCUCCUCCAGGGGAUCUUCCCGAUCCAGGGAUAGAAGCCAGGUCUCCCACUUUGCAGGCAGAUACUUCAACAUCUGAGCCACCAGGCCCAGUUAAAGUGAACGUUCAAGGGCAUGAGCUAGAUGGUUUUGGGGUCAGGACUUCAGAGCCUCCAGACUCCUAAUCCAGAGUUCUUUUUUGUCGACACCACAUUGCUACCAGAAAGGUGAGUUUCUAGCCACUGAACUAGGAGUCAGGUGACUUGGGGUCUGUUCCGAGCUCUUCCACUCACCAGCCAUGUAACCACAGUACAUUUUCCCAAUACCUGUCGUUGCUUAUUAUGGGGAUAUAAUAUAUUUAAAAGUGCUUUGAAAGCAGGUACCCCCAUAAAUGAUUAAUACUGUCUGUAACUGGGAAAUGCACUUAUAAAACUCCUCAUUUCCUAAUGAGGAAACAAUGCAAGCAUGAGAGAGCUGCUCCUUUACUUCAUCUGGCAUCUUCUCUCUUCAGGUAUGUUCUAAGUGCUAAGUCGAGUCAGUCGUGUCCAACUCUUUGCGACCCCAUGAACCAUUGCCCACAAGGCUCCUCUGUCCAUGGGAUUCUCCAGGCAAGAAUACUGGAAUGGGUUACCAUUUCCUUCUCCAGGGGAUCUUCCCGACCCAGGGAUUGAACCCGCGUCUCUUACAUCUCCUGCACUGACAGGAGAGUUACCACUAGCACUACCUGGGAAGGAGAGGCUGAAUGAUUUGCCAGUGGUUGCCUGAUUCUGUAAC